AUGACAAUCAUAAGGGUUGGCGUGAUAUUUGGUCUGGUCUUCGCACUCCAGUUUCAAACCGUUUUUAUGGGCUUUAAAACUUCUACUGUACAAAAGCAGAUCAACAUCUCAUUUACAGUCAUGGAGGAUAACCAGACCAGAACGCAGAGUUGGGGCUCACAUAAGAGGAGCCACUACAGACACCAGCACGAGCCAGAGGGGUCAGAUCCAGACCUGCUGAUGGAGGAGGGACACGAUAAUUCUACUCAGAUUGUUGACAUCGACCAUGUUUACUACACGUCUAAAAUCUACGGCCCUGGAGACGCAGCUGGCAAAGAGCUGUGGGUGAAUGUCAAUGACGAGCAGGGGGAACGCUGGAAAGUCCUCAGCUUCCUGUCCAGUACGCACAGACAGGCAGAGAGGGUCAAUCUUUCUUUUGACUUUCCUUUCUAUGGCCAUCCCCUUAAAGAAAUCACAGUUGCAACUGGAGGUUUUAUUUACACUGGUGACAUAAUCCACCAGAUGCUCACAGCCACUCAGUACAUCGCUCCACUGAUGGCCAAUUUUGACCCAAGCCUGUCCAAAAACUCCACUGUGUUAUAUUUUGAUAACGGAACUGCACUGGUGGUCCAGUGGGAUCACAUCCACCUCCAGGACAACACAAGUCUGGGGGAUUUCACCUUUCAGGCUGUUUUACACCGGGACGGACGAAUCGUCUUUGCCUACAAAGAGAUUCCCGUGGAUAUCAGUGACAUCAGCACUCAGAAUCAUCCCGUCAAAGUGGGCUUGUCGGAUGCUUUUGUGGUGCUUCAUAAGAUAGAGCAGAUUCCCAAUGUUCGCCGAAGAACCAUCUAUGAGUAUCACAAAGUGGACAUCCUUAAAUCAAAAAUAUCCAGUUCUACAGCAAUCGAGAUGCUUCCUCUGCCCACAUGUCUGCAGUUUUCCAGCUGUGGCUCAUGUGUUACUUCUCAGAUUGGCUUCAACUGCAGUUGGUGCAGUCGGCUACAAAGAUGCUCCAGUGGGUUUGAUCGUAACCGGCAGGACUGGGUUGACCUCGGCUGCCCAGACGAGAGGCAGGAUCCCCGAUGUCUCCGGAAUACGGAUGUGAAAAACAGCACUCCACACCACACAACCCACACAACCACUCCUCUGACGGCCACUGUUAAGAACCGGAUGACUUCAGGUGUGACCCCCGCGCCCAGCAGCAAGACAUCCGUGGUCACCAAGCCCUCAUCGGACAGCAGCAGGAGAAAUAAAUCAAGUGUUAUGCAACCAACCAGCCAAUCUGCAGAAGAUGAUGCAGCCAUCGCUUUCCACAUAAAUGACGCUCCGGGAAACGAGGAGAGCAGAGGGGAGCGUGAGCAGGGGCUGCCGAUUGGUCUCCUUGUGGGCAUCAUAAUGGUGAUGGUUAUAAUGGCUGCAGCCGUCCUUAUGUCUAUUUACAUGUACAGUCAUCCCACAUCAAGCGCCAGCAUCUUCUUCAUAGAGCGACGCCCCACUCACUGGCCAAUCCUAAAGUUCAGACGAGGCUCCAGUCGGCCCUCGUACGCUGAAGUGGAGACUCCUGGUCAGGACCGAGAUGACACAGUGGUCAUCGACCUCAAACAGUCUUUUGUCAUGUCGGACAGAAGAGAGAGCGAACAGAAAGAAGGGUUCAUAGUUCCUGAUCAGAGAGAACGCUUUAUUGUCUCCUGAGAGCUCUUGACCAAAACUGCAUAUCCCAUGAGUCUUUGGGAUACAACUGGCUUUAUGAAUUCUGCUCUGUUUUGCUUUCUUUAUUUGAUGCACAAGUUCACUUUAAGAACUGUUUAAGAUACACAAAAAGAAACCUCAGAAGUUGUACCAGGUUAUUUAAUGCACCUCUUUUUGGUCAGAUAAAGAGAUCUCACAUAAAGGGAAAAAUUGCCUUAUUUAUUCUACUCAGGUCAUUCAUUGUGUUUACCGGAGGGUCAAAGAGAGCACGAGGUGAUGCUGCUGAGUGUUUUCAAGCCGUUUCUCUCACGGAUGUGCUCUAUUUUUCAGGACUGUCCCUCCCACACCUUCUUCACAAAGAGGAAUGUCGAAGUCAGGUGUCAUUUCCUCCUCUCAAAAAUACAGACUAAAUUCCUCACCAUCACACCCGGCUGCAUAUGUCAGGCAACAGGUUGUGCAGUGUUUUUUAGUCCUGUUUAUCUCACAGUGUUCGUUUCCACACCGCGGCAGGUGUGUAUAACUUUCUUUAUGUUCUCAGCUUUGAAGGCAGAUAUUUACUGAUUGCAAUUCUGUACUAAAUGUAGACUAAAACAGACACAUAACUGUGGAAAAUUUUAUUUUCCUGUCAUUUUAAACACAGUACAGAUUUGUAUAAUGUUU